AUGCUCAAAGGGACCUGGCCCUUUCCUGGGGUCGUGGACGUUUCUGGAGCUGGAGGUGGCCUGAGCUAGACAGCUGGCUGGGCCGGUUUUGCAGCGAUGGCUCUGGUUUACUGUAAGUACGAAGACCUUCCCAAGAACAUGAAGACCCUGCACCUGGAGUACUUUAAAGAGGCUGGGAACUACCUGCUCAGUCACCCUGAGGUGAAAGGUCCAGGAAUUGGGCUGCUCGGACAUUCAAAAGGGGGCGAACUCUGCAUCUCCAUGGCUUCAUUCUUGAAGGGCAUCACAGCUGCCACCAUAAUCAACGGCUCCGUGGUCAAUGUAGGGGGGGAGUUACACUACAAAGAUGAGAUCUUGCCCCCUGUGGAUAUCAACUAUCAUGGGAUCAAGGUGGUCAAAGAUGGCCUUGUAGACAUCAUAGAUGCCCUCAACAGCCCAACUGAAGGACCUGACCAGAAGAGCGUCAUUCCCGUGGAAAGGGCUGAGUGUACCUUCCUGUUCCUUGUUGGUCUGGAUGACCACAACUGGAAGAGUGAGUUCUACGCUAACGAGGUCUCGUUACAGACCCAUGGUGUGGAAAAACCCCAGAUCAUCUGUUACCCAGGGACUGGGCACCAUAUUGAGCCUCCUUACUUCCCCUUUUGCCCAGCCUCGGUGGGCAGUCCUGUCACCUGGGGAGGGGAGUCCAGGGCUCAUGCCAUGGCCCAGGUGACACAGAAGCAACUCCAGACUUCCUUCCACAGGCACAUAGGUGGUGAAGAGGGGACGAGCCCAGCAAAACUAUGA